CGCAUAAUCGCUCUCUGCCUCGUCGUCCGCUGGCUCGCCUCGUUCGCUCGCUCGCUCGCUCGCUUGCUCUCGUAUGCAUGGCCGCUUCGGUGCGUGGCUUGCGGUUUAUUCGCGACUUACGCAUUCCCGUGUUCGAUAAAGUAGCGAUACGCCCGUUGUUCAGCCGCGAUCGAACGAUCCGCGCGACGUCAGGAAACGGAGUAGCGGCAGAUAACACCGUACGAACCUACGAUCAACGUUAACAGCUGAUCGCGGUCGUUUUCUAUACCCGGUGAUACGGAUGAUGUCGACACGUUUUCCACCGCCGCGAUGAUAAGAGAAAAAGAACGCGAUUAUUCGGCCCUCGACAGACCUUGCGACCUGUGCGGUUUCCACGAGCGGAAGAGAGGAAUAAAAAGAGGGACAGUAAGGUUCGUCGCUAACAUCUGGGACCUGAAGCCUCGUGCACACGAGAUCGUUCGUUUCUACGCGUUUCCUGUGUCUUCGCACGUUUCAGACCUCGUUAUUCGACGGGUCGUAGUAAACGGCUGAGAAACGAUCCCGUCGUUCGCGUGUUUCGCGUCUAGGAGCACUCGUUCUCCGAAUCGAUGGGCUAGGGUAGUUCCACAACCAAUACCGUCGACGCCAGUUAACUAGUUUAGUUUUAUCUGUAAGAUAACGUCCUUCCAAUCAAUGCCUACAUCUCGUGCAUCGCUCCCAACCUUCGAACGCGCUUUGCCCCUGCGUGCUAUCGGCCCUCGUAAUUUCUACUCGUUCACCCGGGCGAACCACGAGAACCACGCAGUUCGGACAAGUACAGUUUGCUUCUAAAACUGCUUGCAACGGAAGGCGGUCGUAACACGACCGUCCUGCCGGCGUGCCUCUUUAAACCACACCCGGAACGUUGCCUCGUGUUCUUCGAGACGCUUGCUCUUUUUUCCGAAAAUUCUCGUACGCGUCCGCACCGUGGGCCUGCCUCCGCUCAGGCGCGUAACGAGUCCUCUGUAAACGGAGACCUUAGGAUUUAAAAUCCUUUUUUUCCCCCUUUUUGGCGGCUUCUGGCUCCCGGUUUUCCCGUCUCGUAAAAGAGGAUGCAUCCUCCACUCUCACGGACUUGUCCUAAGUUUAGGAAAUCAGCGAAGAGUCCUCAUCGAAUAAUAAUAAGAAUAAUAAUAACAGCUGCGUCUGUUAUUUGUAUGUUUAUAAAAACGAUUCUUCAAUUCGUAGGCUUCAUGUAUACAAAUUUCAAUUUUGUAUUUUCAUACUGACACGGUAAUCGUAAUGCCUCUCAACGUAUAAGAUCUGCAUUUUAUUGCUGGUAGAGGAUCGUAGAAGUAAAUCGAUUUUGCGCGUUUCAAGAAAUCAAGUUAUGAAAGGAAAUAAGCUUGUUUUAAUUCCCCUCGUUCACGUCUGCAGCUGCUCGAAGUACAAUGCAAAAAUUGAUCUGCAGUUUUCACCAGAUGUUCCGUACUUACGAAAUUGUUACCUCGUCAUUCAGCCGACCACUUCCGUUUCGCGAAACGAUUAUUUUUAACACACGAUUAUGCAUUGAGCAAGUCGAUUCGUAAGGAAUGAUUUUAUUCCUGUACAAAAUUUCCUUCUUAUCACGUGCAGCUCGAGUAUCGACGAUUUACGCGUCAACUCGUUGAGUCACUGUUACGUUACCGUUGAUCAAGCAAUCGUAUUCAUUUAAUAUUAUUUAUAAUAGCGGAUAUUCUAUGAUAUCUCCACGUAAAUAUUUCGUUUGGACGCGAAGCGUUUGCCACUUCCUCUGCAAAAGACAAAUGCGACGUUCUUUGGAAAACGUGUUCUAUUAUUAGGCUCUACGAAUGUUGCUUGAUUCAAGUACAAAAACCUACUCCCCUAUGCUGUCUGUUCUUUGAUAUGCAUCUAAAAAGUCGUAUCUCCUUAAACGCGCUAUAGAGACCGAAUAAAAUCCACUCGCGAAUGGAUGGCACUGUGAAAAAGUCGCCAACGAAGGGACCAAGACCGAUCGAAAUUGUAAUCAGAUCCGCGCACCUUGCCGUCAAUCAUUUUUACGUAUAAGUAGUAUAUUUUUGAUAAAGCGUACAUACAUAUAUAUAUAUACACUACCGAUACGCAACAAGGUUAACAAGGUACACGACGUUGCUGUUAAAAUGUUGCGAGUUCUUCGUUCGACUUCUCUCCGUCACCGAUCCGAAUUUAUUUGAAACCAGUGUCGAGUAACUGCACCUACACGUACAUUUCCGAUGAGCAAUUAAAAAUCCAACGCACACUUAUUAACCUUCGCACAAGAACAUGCAACGUACCAGAUGCAUACACCGAAAACGAUUCACAAAUGUAUCGACGUAAUCAACGUCCGUCUCACAAUUGCUAAUUCUGUUUUAGUAAACAAUAAAAAUGCCUCGAGUAAGGAGACAAGUGGUCCUGGAAGACCCUGCCAGGCCUGUGACACCAGACAUGGUCGAAACGAAAUUACUGAAGACAGAAUUCCUGGACGAUGGUUCUCUGGACGAGGUGCAGGCACAGAAGGUAUCUGAAGAGACGCCGAGUCCGCAUCUGCAAGAUCACCAAUAUGGACAGACACCUUGUUAUCAAGUAAUGAGGAAGCCCGCGCAGCCACCACCGAGAACUGAGCAAAUAUCGGUACAGGCAGUGAAACGAAGACUGAAUUUGGAAAUGGGAGCUACUGGCCCCAGCCAAUCUGCCUUUAAGGCCCCUAGAGGUAAACGCAGGAGAUCUGGAUCGAGUUCUCUGGCUAGCCACACACCCACGAAAAGUAAAACGGUGGAGAGGACGCGGUACGACACAUCGCUGAGCUUACUCACGAAAAAGUUCAUAAACUUAGUCGAGAGCAGUCAGGACGGUGUCGUAGAUUUGAACGUAGCGUCGGAAAAAUUAGAAGUACAGAAGCGUCGUAUAUACGACAUUACGAACGUAUUGGAAGGCAUUGGUAUCUUAGAGAAGAAAAGCAAAAAUAAUAUACAAUGGAAGGGCGGUCAGUUACCUAACGAAAGGAACGACAUCGCUGAUCUCAGGAGAGAAGUGGCAGACUUGGAAGCUAAGGAGAACAUGCUGGAUCGAUUGAUCCACGGUGCAGACAAAAACCUUAGGGAACUUUGUGCAGACAGACAAUACGCUUACGUGACGUAUCACGAUUUACGUUCUGUCCCGAUAUACAAUGACCAAGCUAUCAUGGCGGUGAAAGCUCCGCCGGAAGCUACCCUCCAUGUUCCGCAACCUGUUAAUAAUCUAGGUCAACAGAAGCUUCAAAUGCACAUGAGGUCGUCUCACGGAGAGAUAGAGGUGUUCCUCUGUCCCGAUGAUCCCGCGGUUAACAAAACGUCUCCCAAUCCGGGCUACACGACGACGCAACCUGUGCCUUCGUCAAAAGAAUCCGAAAUACCUCUCCUACCUCCGGAACUGCUGGACGACGAAGGAAGCGGGGUCCGGGUCGAGCCCGUGCCUACCGUCGAGAGUUCGUUGAGCACGCGUAUGUGCACGCCGGUCGUAUCCACAGUUACCAGUUUAUCAGGCAUGAGGGACGCCCUUCUCUGCGAAUCCGACGAUUACGGGCCAAUGGGCGGCGGGAAGUUCCAACUCCAAACCGAGGAUCAAAUGAGCACCACAGAUCUAAGUAUUCUCGAUUUCGGAGAGCACCUGCUGUCGCUGGAACCGCCCCUAUCCGAAAACGACUAUUCGUUCUCGUUAGGCACGGAAGAAGGGCUCUCGGAUCUCUUUGAUUUUAAAUUUUAAUCAGAUAUCGUCCUUAAUCGUCGUGGCACACAGCACACAACCCCCCCGUGUUUUAGACACCAACCCCUCUGAGUUCGCCUCCCCAUUCAGAUUAUCAGAAAUCAUUACUGACACGAUUUUCUUUUUCGUCUGAUCGAUCAGCAGUUCUCGAGGGAAAUCAAUCAAUUAGAAUAGAAUUCGUCGUUCAGUUAGGGUAAUCAAAGCACGGAAUCAUUUCGACGAUUGAUCAACGACCUGUUAACUAACACGAACGAAUCACGAAAACAAUCCUUGGCUCUCUAACUCCGUCACGGUUCGAACUUACGCGAAAAUUUUAUUAGCAAGUCUGGCCGGUGAAAUUUUAUACACGAAAAAUUGCUCAGCGAACACAAGCUAACGAAUCUUCGUAGACUUCGGUUUCUUAAAUCCCAUCGGAAGAAUCUGUAAAUAGAGCGACACACACACACUGACGAGUACCUAGACAGAACGGUGCUGUAAUAUUUUGUCGAGACGCGUUCAACAAGCGUUCCUCGGAAUAAUUGGCCGCGCAUUAGUCAGGGUCGCUAACAAAAUUCGAUGAAGCAAAGCUGGAAGGUGCAUCGGACACGGAAGGGAGAAACAUAUCACGCGCGGUGAGUACUUCCGGCUUGGCCGAUUGACUUUCCACGGGAUAAUAAAGAUUGUAAAUGUGAUUUUGGGGGGCGGAAGCGCCGUUUUCUUGUGCAAUGUGUAUUAAUACUGUAAAUGAUGUAAGCGUACGAAUGCUCGGGAAAGGGAGAAACUGAUUUUUUAAAGAGACGAGAGACUGGAGUUGUAUCGGCGAACAACCACGAUCGUUUUUUUUUUUUUUUUUUAUUUUUAUUUUUCCUCGAUCGACACGUUCGUCGAUCCGCCUUUCGCUUGAACGGUCGUACGACGGUUGUUAUUUAUUACUAUUAUUUUUAUCGUAAUCAAUUGAGCGUGCAUGAAUAAACGAAGAAACGGAUAAAUCGAAGAGUAGGUUUAAUUUUUGCAGUAGAUCAACGUUAGAUCGUACAGAUUUUUGAUGGAUCGCGGAACGUGUCGAUCGAACUGUAUAAAGAUCACUUAGUAGAAUCGGUAGAAUGGGAAAGUAAUUUUGACGGGACACGUCCCUCUUAGAGUAAUCUGUCGACGUGAGAUAUGUAAUCAGAGGCGCAUUCUCCGGACGGUUGCUUCCUCUUGUCGCCGGACUGACAAUUACAUUGUUUUCUUUCUUUAUCUAAAUUGCGUGCUUAAUCCAAGAGAAGUCCGUCCGGGAAGAAGCUGCGUUUUAAUUAUUACGGAAACUCCAGACGCGUAGUAGAUGAAGAGAUAGUAUAAAACAAAAAAGUGAGCAAGGUGAGGAGACGAAACGGCGACCAGCUCAUUGGGAGGCAUCGCUUUUAUUCUAUAUACUUUUGUAAUCGAUCAAAUUUCCCGAACGAACGGGGGGAUGGCGGGAGAAUUUGUAUAGCUAGUUGAUGCACGAACGAGCGCGGGAGGGAAAGAGAGUCGUAUAAAUAAUUGAAUUUAUUUACCGGGACACGUAUGCGAGGAACAAGAAUGAUACACACGUACACAUUGUUAUACCACGAUAUUCGGUCCCAUCGAAGAGAACGCUGUUCGUUCUAGCCGCAAGUCGUCGUCGUCAUCGUCAGCGAUCAUCAAUUCAUUCCACGGCGAAACACGGAGACGAACUCGAGCAUACCACGAAGAUAAAUUUUAGGCGUGCAUGUAAACGGGACUCGACGAACCGUCUAAGAUUCUUUUUCGGAACGCAAUGCAAUUUAAUGAAAGAGAGGGAGAGCGAGAGAGAGAGAGAGAGAGAGAGAGAGAGAAGGGGCUUUCGAAGAGAAUCUUGCACCGGUGGGCCUCGCCUUCCUCUCGAUAAACGAGAAACGACGCUCCCGAGGAAGCCGAGGACCCACUGGGAAGUAACGUCUCAGCUGGAAGUCUCUUCAGGAUGUACCCUAAACGUGCAACUUAGUGUACGUCCAAAGCCAUAGUGCCUACACAAUAAUGAUCACACUCUUCUGCAAAAAGAACUGUAAAUAAUUUACGUACUGUACGAAAAUAUAUGAAUAUAUAUAUAUGUAUUAUAUAUAUACACACACGGACACACACGGACAUGAGGACAGACAGAACGACAAGAUGUGACGACACCCGAUGAACAAAGAGAAAUAGGAAAUCAGAUGCUGCGGACACCUCAUCGCGAUUAUCAUGGAAUAUUCAUUAGUUAGUUUUAAUUAUGAUUAACAAUUAAUUAUCGAUGAAUUACACGAGGAAAAUGUUAGUUUAUAAAUUUCACUUAUUAUACAUAUACGUGUAUGUAAUAAGUACGUACGUUUUAUAGUCAAACGAAUUUCGUGCAGAAUAACAAGCGGGACUGUCGUACGAGGAGAAGGUGCUUGGAAAAAUCGUAUUCUCUCCUGUCGAGCGCAGAGACACGUUUUAAUGAACCGCCGCCGACGAACGAAACGGGAAAUGAACAAAAUAUUCCUUUAAGCCGCGUGUAUUUAUUUCUACGAUUAAUCGUUCCAGGGAGGUAAUCGAAAAAACGGCAACGAUCAUUUAUUCUGCACAAUAUUCGACGAACUGCAACACCUGUCUGCGACAGAGAGGGUUGUACUAGUUUUGGUUUUCGUUCUAUUAAUUUUUUCUCGAUUAAAAUAGUGGCGUCGCGCAUUUUUUCUUUUUUUUUCACACGCAUCGUGCAACGAGAGGUGAGGCAAAUGGGAGAAAGAUGAGAAAAAUGAUGAAGAGGAAUCGAGAGUGCGUGGGAGGGAGAGAACGUGUGAUGUGGUGAAUAUUAAUAAUUGAUGCGAAUGUUUGAUGGUCGACGGUCCGAUUUCGAUCUCGACACACCAGUGAGAAAUUAACGAUAUUUUCUACCUGAAUGUUAGCGGGGAUCUCGACGAAGUCUGGGCGCGGACGGGCCUCCGACGGAGUGUAAUUAAACGAUGCGCAUCGACAAGUGUAUAUUUACUACGUCACUUAAAGAGAAUAACGCAACCAGGAAUUCCCGGCGUCCUCAGAUUUUCAUCGAGAUCUUUUUAUAUUAACUUAUCGCGCGGAUGGCAGUCCAUCGAUUUUCAUUUCGUUUUUUUUUUUAAAAAAAAAGAACUCGAUUAUUUGCGGGUACCUCUGGACCGCUUCUGGCAGUCUGUCGAAUAAGACCGAGCAUGAUUCAAAACAGAUCUUCUUUAUUUCUGUUUUCGAUCAACGAGAAUUUUACGAUUUUUACUUAACGCGGCAUCGAGCAUGGGAAAAUAAAUUAUUGUCACUGUUCCUGCAGACUACAACGACGACUUCGUUAUUUGAAUUAUAUAGAGGAUGAGUAAGCGCGUUGUUUUGUACAGGCGUCGUAUGUAAUUUCGAAAGUAGCAUGAAUCAGAAUCCGUUGAUAGUCACUUUUACUUCUUUUGAAAUACUACCGUUGGUCUGCGUGCUAGUGCGUGUACGCUGUACACGGAAACAAUUUUCUACGGAUGUAUAUUUGAGAGACUGUUCAGAGAUAAUGCGAGGAAACCAACGUAUUGAUCCCGAUCGAUCAUCGUCGAACGAUUAGUGGGAGAAAUUUGAGCGACGUAUGUAUCGAUACGACGAACGAUUGUCACGUUCCACGGGCCACGGCUCGUCGGACGGCAAAUUGAAGAAAAAGAAAUUAAAAGGAAGUUACAAAAUAUAAACUUGUGUAACGUCAUAGGGACAUCUGAUGUUUAUUAAUUCUCCACAACCUUCGCUCGUUCCAAAAACGGGAACGUGAUUUUUUAUCGGAACACCCUACUAAAAGCUCGAGAAAUUCUUUCACAGACAGCGACACACACAUUUUGCAUGCCAAUAAGAAACUGACUAAUAAUAACUUAACAAGAAAGAGCAGGUAUCUUUUAAUAAGUACAAACAAUAAAUCGUCAGAACUUAAUUCCGUUUCAAGUGGACAUGCGAUUAGUAUACAUAAGUGAUUUAAAAUCGAACAAUUUUGUUACUAUAUUUCGAUGACAAUUCUUUGAACAGAAGAAAACAUUCGAAGUAUAUCUGAGCGCAUUGAAGUCUCGAUCGGCUCGGAGCUGGAUUUGAAUCUGUUCGAAGGGAAAUACGCAUGCGCGACAUGUGACGAAGUAACGUGUAAUGCGCGCGUUGUUGGCAUUCGCGUCUCGGGACGCGCCGGAGGAACACGGAGGACUGUACAUGCGUUUCUUAUUAAUGUAUAUUCUUACAAUUAGCUAUAUGGUGUUACAUACAGAAAUAAAGUCUAAACAUUAAUGUAUAUACCAUCCCUACGACACUAUUGGAUAUUUUCGUACUUUGUAUCGAUAUAUUACAUAGGUUCAGAUAAGCUCUAGGUAACCGUCGUACAUUUCACGAAUUGUACAUUUGGCUGACAAAAAUAAAUAAUUGUUGUUAUGUCA